AUCUUUAUGCAACUCCCAAAAAUCAAUCAGCUCGAAGAAUAUUGACAAGAAAAAGGAGAUGUUGAGAUUCAGAUGUUUCUAAAACCCUAAAACCUCUCUGUGUUUCUCCCUCAAAAGCAUCGAAACAUUUUCUCAAAAAGAUAAUUCUGAUAAAACAAGAAAAUGGCGACACUUCAUCUUCAUCUAUCAAAUCCCAAUGCAUCGUCUCCGUCAUUGUCGACUUCAUUGCACCGCAAGUUUUCUAUUUCCCAGAGAACUGGGCGAAGUUCCGUUUGGAAACGAUACCGUUCUGGCUCUGGGUCUGUGAGCUGCUCAUUUGCCCCAGUGGAGUCUGCCAAAAUAAAGGUUGUGGGUGUGGGUGGCGGCGGCAAUAAUGCCGUCAAUCGCAUGAUUGGCAGUGGUUUGCAGGGCGUUGAUUUCUAUGCCAUAAACACCGAUUCUCAAGCGCUAUUACAGUCUGCUGCUCAGAACCCACUUCAAAUUGGAGAGCUUUUGACUCGUGGUCUAGGUACAGGUGGAAAUCCCCUUUUAGGAGAGCAGGCUGCAGAGGAAUCAAAAGAAGCCAUUGCAAAUGCUCUUAAGGGCUCAGAUCUUGUUUUUAUAACAGCUGGUAUGGGUGGAGGCACAGGAUCUGGUGCUGCACCAGUUGUAGCCCAGAUAUCCAAGGAGGCAGGGUAUUUGACUGUUGGUGUGGUCACCUAUCCUUUCAGCUUUGAGGGGCGUAAGAGAUCCCUGCAGGCUUUGGAGGCUAUUGAAAAAUUACAAAAAAAUGUUGAUACACUAAUAGUGAUACCCAAUGAUCGCCUGCUUGAUAUUGCUGAUGAGCAGACACCCCUUCAGGAUGCCUUCCUUCUGGCUGAUGAUGUUCUACGCCAAGGAGUGCAAGGAAUUUCGGAUAUUAUUACAAUACCUGGAUUGGUUAAUGUGGACUUUGCAGAUGUAAAAGCAGUUAUGAAAGAUUCUGGUACUGCAAUGCUUGGUGUGGGAGUUUCCUCCAGCAAAAAUCGGGCAGAAGAAGCAGCUGAACAAGCAACCUUGGCACCAUUGAUUGGAUCAUCAAUUCAAUCAGCUACUGGAGUAGUUUAUAACAUUACUGGAGGGAAAGACAUAACCUUGCAGGAAGUGAACAGAGUGUCGCAGGUACAUUGUUGUGACGAGCUUGGCUGAUCCAUCUGCAAACAUAAUAUUUGGUGCUGUUGUGGACGAUCGCUAUAAUGGAGAGAUCCAUGUGACUAUUAUUGCAACUGGUUUCUCCCAGUCAUUCCAGAAGACACUUCUAACAGACCCCAGGGCUGCAAAACUGGUAGACAAAAUGUCAGGGAGCCAAGAAGGCAAAGGAGUUCCACUCCCUCUCAAGCCUGCAACCUCACCUUCCACGGUUCCUUCUAGACCAUCUCCUAGAAAGCUGUUCUUUUAAUUCUUUUAUUUUUUGGGCUUUUGUGUUGGGUAGAUAGAGAAGGGAGUGAGUGCUUUCUCCUGUGCGAAAUUCACCUUUUGUAAUCGUGGAAGUUAAAUCCAAAUCAGUUGGUUGUUUCUUGCUCA